AAAUAGUAUACUACCGAUUUGAUGCGAAGGUCAAAGCCUUUCUGUAACUUUUUUUUUGCUCUUGCAGAAGUGUUCCCGACCAACAUACGAGAGAUGACGGAGGCUAGCCUGCUGCACGUAAGACAUGAUACCCGGCGCCAACCGAGAGAGAUAUGUGUGAGAUGAAUGUUGUACAACCGCAAGAACUUUUUGUUUUUAACAUUCUCCAUGCCAGGAUGCCAUACUGCAACUCAACAUUGCGUGGGGCACCACCCUGUGUGACAAUCCCAAGACGCGAACUUUCCAUGUAUCUAUAAGUUCAUGAAAUUGCAAUUAGACCAAUAGGCAAAGUAAUUAGCUGCAUACACAGAUAGUCUUUGUCGUUGAAUAAUAAUAAUGUUUAUCGAGAAAGAUUAGUGUUGCAAUGUUCUUACAAUUUUCGAAGUAAAUACACAGUGAAGUUGAUUUAGUCAGAUAUUUUAGAACAAGUACUUCUUCUGAUCUUGAGUAUUCAACUCGGAUUGAUUCAUUUCGCGUCCGCGGUUGCACCCCUCCUCUGGGAGAUCGGUUCGCAACUGAUUCCCGUCCCCUCAAUAGGCUCCGCGCUUCCUCUUACCAUCCUUCGGGAUAACAUCAGGAACUGUUUUGUCUUGCCGAAGGUAGAGAAUGACCUUUUGAGAGAUAUUGAUGAUGAUGCGCAGUGAUGUAGAUAGUCAGACACAAGGUAGCAUUUGGAUUCCCGAAGGUUUUUAAUCAAAUAGCUAUUUCUUUGCAGAGGAAUCAGCCUAUUAAAAUUUUGUUUUUCGUCGUUCGAGCGAGCGAAAGCUGAGUAUCUUUUAAAAAAUGCAGCGUGCUCUCUCUGCUGCUGCUCGCGAAGGUUCGCGACGCGUGCCUACAGAAACCGCUGCCGUGCAGAACCAGGCGACUAGAUUCAGACGAAGCGCUGAUUAUCCGCCGGCCGAAGCAAGUGCUGGAGCGCCUCUGCUACUUGCUGGUGGCGCGGUCGCCGCUGCAGGAUUCCUUUACUCUCAAAAGAAAAAGCACGUUGAGCAAGAUGGCUUUUCAUUGCCGUCGAAGCCUUCUUCUGUGUCCGGCUUGGCGCAGCGCGUACUAGAAAACCAAGCAGAAAGGACAACGCGAAGCGAGAAUCUCGUCGAGUGUAAAGUAGCUGGAAACGUGGGCAAGACGAACUGGGACAAUGUCCGAAAAGAUGUAAUCGAGCUUUUGGAGGCUGAAGAGCAUAUGGAGGAACCUUUAGGUCCGAUCCUAGUCCGAUUGGCAUGGCACUCAUCCGGAACGUGGUGCUACAAGACGAAGACGGGAGGUGCGGCUCAUCAAUGAUCUAGAUUUUUUGAAUGCGAGCAUAUCCCAGAAGAUAAUUGAUUUAUUCUUGCGUCCUCAGCGACAAAUAUUUUCAGAACAAUUUAAUUGGUUUAUUGUUAUAGCCUGUUUACACAGAAGUAAGUAGUCUUCUAGCUACUUCUCGCUCAGGUUCAGACGGAGCGACCAUGCGAUUCGAAAGUGGGGCCGAAGCGAAGUGGGGCGCAAACGCCGGUCUAGCGAAAGCUAGGAAGGUGUUGCAGGUAAUUAUUGGGAAAUAUCCUAACGCCAGUAUCGCAGAUAUCUGGAUUUUCGCGGGUACCGUAGCCCUGGAGGAGAUGAGCGGGAACCGAGUAAAAAUCGGCUUCAAAGAGGGACGGCUUGAUAAAACGAAAAUCCCCGACUGGGAAACGAAGACAGCACCGGAUGGCCGACUCCCAGAUGCGGAUAAAGGAAACAUGUCUGCAACGGCGAAGCACCUGCGCUUAAUCUUUCACAGGCAGGGAUUCAGCGAUCAGGGUAAAAAAAAUUUCUCAUGCCUAGAGUAUAACUGUUAGUAGGAAGUAGAUGUUGCUAGCUGUUAUUUGAAAACAACUAGUAUGUACAUUAAAGAGUGUCAGAUUCUCCUUGAAACCUUGACUUGGAUUUAGAACUAGUCUCAUAGGAAAAGCCGCUCCUAUUCAAAUUCUCAGAAAUUGUCGCCCUCUCUGGCGCGCACGCAUUGGGACGCACGCAUACGACUAGCAGUGGCUAUUCCGGUCCGUGGACAUUCAGCCCGACAGUGCUCAACAACGAAUAUUUUCGCCUUCUGGUACUAUUUUCGCAGCUACAUGCUAGCUUACUUUUUCUCUGUUGAAUGACAAGACCAAAAGAUUUUUCAUGAUUGUAUUUUUCACUUUUACGAGUAAGUAUAUGCUAACGGUAUUAAGUACGUUGACUCACUGCACGAAACAAGAACAACACUACUCCACAGAAAGAAGAGAAGUGGAGCUUGAAGAAAUGGAGUGGACCAGAGCAGUACGAGGAUCGCACUGGCGAGCUCAUGAUGUUACCAUCCGAUAUUGCAUUGCUGUUCGAUGGUGAAUUCAAGAAAUGGGUCGAGGUAUAUUACAAGGACGAGGAGCGCUUUUACAAAGAUUUCGGCAAGGCGUGCCGCAAAUUGUUUGACAAUGGUGUGCCCUUCAAGGACCGCCACGGGCUUGGGCCUAUUUCGGGACUAUUUUGCGGUGUCCCCGAGCACGGGGCAGCGCCGGCUGAAGACCUGUAAGCUUCGUUUGCACAGGAUGCAGGGGUAGAUCUAUCAAUACUAAGCCUGAAAAGUAGAGCAGAAGCUGCACCUUUCUUCAAAGAUACUGUUGAAGUCUCCAACAUGCUUUUAAAUAUGAUUUGUGUUUGAAAUCGAUCUCAAUAUUUGGUAAUCCGUCGACUAGAUAACUAUAGCAGGAAUGUGCGCGCAGGCAUUGGAUAAGUCAAUGCUUGUGUCAUGAGAAAGUUGAUGGACUUAGGUUCAAGAUAUUUUAUGAAUGAUUACUUGUGAGGCUUGUGGAAGUAUGUCGUACGAUGUUGCAAUCUGCAGGAUAUGAAUAUCAUCUGAUACUGAUUGCAGUGAUAGGAGUUAGGAAAGAACAAGAUCGAUGUGUGCAGACCUAUAAUUUUGGAGCUCAUAAUAAAUACGUGUACGAAAGGUACCACAGUCAGUUAGUGGUGUAAAUGUUCUUCAAAGGGGACAAGCAUACGGACUUGCUCUCGAUGAACCGCCGUUGAUGAGAUAAUUUUUCAAAUGAAAAUUCUUUUACUUACUUAUGAGAAUAUUCAUGUAUGUAAGUUGAUCGUCGUCGAGUUCAUUUACCCGCAGUAGUCUUUUUAGCUUAGAAAAUGGUGUUCAUCGAAAAAUUUGGUUAAAAUAUGCACUGGGAAAAGGAUGGGAUUUCGGUCUUCCGUUAUGGUAGAGGCAGAACGUAUCGCCCAAUAAAAUUGAAGAGAAAUAAUAGAAUGAUCAAUUUUUUCUGCUUGGUUUUCCACGGAGCGAGGUUGAUGAAUCUCAACUACUUUUUUACACUCCCG